GACGUCAAGGUUUCCGGCCCACCAUCUUUGUGCCUGGCAAAUUGGGUUUUGCGCAGUGGAGACCUAAAGAAAGAAUCGUGACGGGCAGGAAACCAUUACAACCGCUCCCUGGCUGUGCUCUCUGACUGCUGCCGCCACCUCGCCCUCGCCUCAGGUGCACAUUAAAGAUCCAAAAUCAUGACUGACUCCAAAUACUUCACCACCAAUAAAAAGGGGGAAAUCUUUGAAUUAAAAGCUGAACUCAAUAAUGAAAAGAAAGAAAAGAGGAAGGAAGCUGUGAAGAAAGUCAUUGCUGCUAUGACUGUGGGGAAAGAUGUGAGCUCUCUCUUUCCAGAUGUAGUGAACUGUAUGCAGACUGACAACCUGGAACUAAAGAAGCUUGUCUAUCUCUACUUGAUGAACUACGCCAAGAGUCAGCCAGACAUGGCUAUCAUGGCUGUUAACAGCUUUGUGAAGGACUGUGAAGAUCCCAAUCCUUUGAUUCGGGCCUUGGCAGUCAGAACCAUGGGGUGCAUCCGGGUGGACAAGAUUACAGAAUAUCUCUGUGAGCCCCUCCGCAAGUGUUUGAAGGAUGAAGACCCCUAUGUUCGGAAAACGGCAGCAGUCUGUGUGGCAAAACUCCAUGAUAUCAAUGCCCAAAUGGUGGAAGAUCAGGGAUUUCUGGAUUCUCUACGGGAUCUCAUAGCGGAUUCAAAUCCAAUGGUGGUGGCUAAUGCUGUAGCAGCAUUGUCUGAAAUCAGUGAGUCUCAUCCAAACAGCAACUUACUCGAUUUAAACCCACAGAAUAUUAAUAAGCUGCUGACAGCCCUGAAUGAGUGCACUGAAUGGGGUCAGAUUUUCAUCCUGGACUGCCUGUCGAAUUACAACCCUAAAGAUGACCGGGAAGCUCAGAGCAUCUGUGAGCGGGUAACUCCCCGGCUAUCACAUGCCAACUCAGCAGUGGUGCUUUCAGCAGUAAAGGUCCUAAUGAAAUUUCUAGAGUUGCUACCCAAGGACUCUGACUACUACAAUAUGCUGCUGAAGAAGUUAGCGCCUCCACUUGUCACUCUGCUGUCUGGAGAGCCGGAAGUACAAUAUGUCGCCCUGAGGAACAUCAAUCUCAUUGUUCAGAAAAGGCCUGAAAUCUUGAAGCAGGAAAUCAAAGUCUUCUUUGUGAAGUACAAUGAUCCUAUCUAUGUUAAACUAGAGAAGUUGGACAUCAUGAUUCGUCUGGCAUCACAAGCCAACAUUGCUCAGGUUUUAGCAGAACUGAAGGAAUAUGCCACUGAGGUGGAUGUUGACUUUGUCCGCAAAGCUGUUCGAGCCAUUGGACGAUGUGCCAUUAAGGUAGAGCAAUCUGCAGAACGCUGUGUAAGCACAUUGCUUGAUUUAAUCCAGACAAAAGUAAAUUAUGUGGUCCAAGAGGCAAUUGUUGUCAUCAGGGACAUCUUCCGCAAAUACCCCAACAAGUAUGAAAGUAUCAUUGCCACACUCUGUGAAAACUUAGACUCCCUAGAUGAGCCAGAUGCUCGAGCAGCUAUGAUUUGGAUUGUGGGAGAAUAUGCUGAAAGAAUUGACAAUGCAGAUGAGUUACUAGAGAGCUUCUUGGAGGGUUUUCAUGAUGAAAGUACUCAGGUGCAGCUUACUCUUCUUACUGCCAUAGUGAAGCUGUUCCUCAAGAAGCCAUCAGAAACUCAGGAGCUGGUCCAGCAAGUUUUAAGUUUGGCCACACAGGAUUCUGAUAAUCCUGACCUUCGAGAUCGGGGCUACAUCUAUUGGCGCCUUCUCUCGACUGAUCCUGUGACAGCCAAAGAAGUAGUCUUGUCUGAGAAGCCCCUGAUCUCUGAAGAGACAGACCUCAUUGAGCCAACUCUACUGGAUGAACUUAUCUGCCACAUUGGUUCUUUGGCCUCUGUAUACCAUAAACCUCCCAAUGCAUUUGUGGAAGGGAGUCAUGGGAUCCAUCGCAAACACUUGCCAAUUCAUCAUGGGAGCACUGAUGCAGGUGACAGCCCUGUUGGCACCACCACUGCAACAAACCUGGAGCAGCCUCAGGUUAUCCCCUCUCAAGGAGAUCUUCUGGGGGAUCUUUUAAAUCUUGACCUCGGUCCCCCUGUCAAUGUGCCACAGGUGUCAUCCAUGCAGAUGGGAGCUGUGGAUCUCUUGGGAGGUGGACUAGAUAGCCUGCUUGGCAGUGACCUUGGCGGGGGCAUUGGAGGAAGUCCGGCAGUAGGACAGUCCUUUAUCCCAUCAUCAGUGCCUGCAACCUUUGCUCCUUCACCUACUCCUGCUGUGGUCAGCAGUGGUCUCAAUGACCUCUUUGAACUCUCCACGGGGAUAGGCAUGGCACCUGGUGGAUAUGUGGCUCCUAAGGCUGUCUGGCUACCUGCAGUGAAGGCUAAGGGCUUGGAGAUUUCAGGAACAUUCACUCACCGUCAAGGGCACAUCUAUAUGGAAAUGAACUUCACCAAUAAAGCUCUGCAACAUAUGACAGACUUUGCAAUCCAGUUCAACAAGAAUAGCUUUGGUGUCAUUCCAAGCACUCCUCUGGCCAUCCAUACCCCACUAAUGCCAAACCAGAGCAUUGAUGUCUCCCUGCCUCUCAACACCUUGGGCCCCGUCAUGAAGAUGGAACCUCUGAAUAAUCUGCAGGUGGCUGUUAAAAACAAUAUUGAUGUCUUCUACUUCAGCUGCCUCAUCCCACUCAAUGUGCUCUUUGUAGAAGAUGGUAAAAUGGAGCGCCAGGUCUUCCUUGCAACAUGGAAGGAUAUUCCUAAUGAAAACGAACUCCAGUUUCAGAUUAAGGAAUGCCAUUUAAAUGCUGAUACUGUUUCCAGCAAGUUGCAAAACAAUAAUGUCUAUACUAUUGCCAAGAGAAAUGUAGAAGGGCAAGACAUGCUGUACCAAUCCCUGAAGCUCACUAAUGGCAUUUGGAUUUUGGCCGAGCUGCGUAUUCAGCCAGGAAACCCUAACUACACGCUGUCGCUGAAGUGUAGAGCUCCUGAAGUCUCCCAGUACAUCUAUCAGGUCUACGACAGCAUUUUGAAAAACUAAUAAACUGAUCCAGUAACCCCAGCCACCCUGUGAUCGGUGCAGACCAAGAACUCUUAACUGGAAAGACAUUGUACUGUUGUGUAGAAUUUUAACCCAGUCAAUCAUACUGCAGCCACCCACCCAGGUAGUGACCAGUCUACCCUGUGCUGACAUUAAGCAUAUCCUGUUAGAUAGUUUUUAGCUUCCUGUGAACAUUUGUAGCCACUACUUCAGUCACUUCUCACCUCUGCUCCUCUCCAUCCUUGCUUAUGAGCUUUUCCAGGCUGUACCAAAUGGCUAGCUUUUUCUACACCUCUUUUGAGGGUAGUUUGAUAUUUUGUAAUUGAAAGCUCAUUUCAAAAGCAGACAGGACAAUGAAUAUUAAAGCAAGGAAAAGUGUCACUGAAACAUAAA